UAUUAUAUCGAAAAGUAAAAGCAAAAUUUUGAGACAUCUAGACCUAAACUACUAUAUAUAUAUACAUAUAUUAACCUCUCUUUUAUUCUCAUUGUCUUUAAGUACUGCUAGGAUCUCUUCAUAUCUCAAGUCACAAUGAUUUCUGAUGAAGCUCUUCGAACUGUUGUUGGUAUAAUAGGAAACAUCAUAUGCCUUUUAUUCUUUUUAUCACCAGUGCCAACAUUUAUAAGAAUAUGGAAAAAAGGGGCAGUGGAGGACUACUCAGCAAUGCCAUACCUAGCAACCCUAAUGAGCUGCAUGGUGUGGAGUCUCUACGGGCUGCCUAUAGUGCACCCCGGCAGCACCUUGGUGUUCACCAUCAGUGCCUCCGGGGUUGUGAUCGAGGCGAUCUUAGUCAUCGUCUUCUUGAUCUUUUCUGACAAGAAAAAGAGGCUCAAACUUGUUCUAUUGCUCUUUCUUGAGCUCUUAAUCGUAGCUCUUCUUGCUACUUUGUCUCUCACCUUAGCUCACUCCUACAAGAAGAGGUCCUUGGUUGUUGGUCUCGUCGGUGUUUUCGUUAGCAUCGUCAUGUACUCUUCGCCUUUGUCUAUCAUGAAGCUGGUGAUCUCAACAAAAAGCGUGGAGUUUAUGCCAUUUUCACUGUCACUUGCUUCAUUCAUGAACUGCCUCGUUUGGUCCACUUAUGCUCUUAUUCGCUUUGAUCCUUUCGUAUUUGUACCAAAUGGACUAGGCAUACUAUUUGGAGUGGCUCAGCUGAUCCUUUAUGCUGUAUACUACAAGUCAACAAAGAAAAUUAUGGCAGAGAGGAAGGGCAAAGAAGUAAAUUUGUCUGAUGUAAUUGUAGUUUCUGUUGUAGCUGAAGAAGUUCAACCCAAGAAAACUGUCAUUGCUCCUCAGAAUGGCCAUGAUGAUUCUACUAAGGAUCAACCAUAACACAUGAUCAAUUUUCCACUGUCUGAUUCUUAUAUUAUAAUGAACUAGAUCGAUCCCACUAUUUGGAGUUGGGUUGAUAUAGUUUGAAUACACAA